AUGGCCAAAAAGAGGUUUAUCGCGGCCUCUUCACCCGAUGCCGGCGUGGUGGUCACCGAGGUGUCCCCGUCGUCCUCCGCGGGCUCUUUAUCGAUGCGCUGUUGCCGGUCCCCCGAUCCGCCCGCAGCCGCGCCCCUCCGCCGAUUCGAGAACUUCCCCGUCCUCCGUCGGACCCAGCAGCCGACGAGGUCCUACCUUGGGGUCCGGCAGCAGCGGUGGGGAACGUGGGUCACUGAGAUUACAAAUCGAGAGACCCACACCCGCCGGUGGCUCGGUAGCUUCUACAUGGCCGAGCUUGCAGCCAUGGAGUACGACCACUGGCAGGCAUCGUAA